UCUUCCGCAUCACGCGGCAUCUCUUUUUCAUAAAGACUUCCCUCUAAUCUCUCCCCCUCCCCAUCUCUCUCUCUCUAUAUCCUUAAACACCAACUACCCUUUUUUUCCAUUUUUUUCAUUACACACAAAACAGCUCAUAAACUACUUUACUCUUUUACGAAUCAUAAUAAAUACAGAACACGUUCCUCCGACGAGGAGUAUGAUGAUGUUACGGUCGUGCUACAGGUGUUUAGGGAGGCGUGGUGGUGGUAGUGAUGGGUUGUUGUGGCACUCGGACUUGAAGCCGCACGCGUCUGGGGAUUACUCGAUCGCGGUGGUUCAGGCAAACUCUAAUCUUGAAGACCAGAGCCAAGUGUUCACGUCUCCUUCUGCCACUUAUAUUGGUGUUUAUGAUGGACAUGGUGGUCCUGAGGCUUCUAGAUUUGUUAAUAAGCAUCUUUUUCCUUUUUUGCAUAAAUUUGCAAUGGAACAAGGAGGAUUGUCAGCAGAAGUGAUAAAGAAGGCAUUUCACGCUACUGAAGAGGAAUUUUUGCGUUUAGUUAAGCGUGUAUUGCCUGUAAGGCCACAAAUUGCUUCAGUUGGAUCUUGUUGUCUGCUGGGAGCAAUUUCAAAUGAUGUAUUGUAUGUGGCAAAUCUUGGUGAUUCUAGAGCAGUUCUUGGUCGGAGAGUUUCAGUUGACAGCAAACACAAGGUGAAGGUGGCAGCUGAACGGUUGUCAACUGAUCAUAAUGUUGCAGUGGAGGAGGUGAGAAAGGAAGUUGAGGCUCUUCACCCUGACGAUUCACAUAUUGUGGUUUAUACUCGUGGAGUUUGGAGGAUAAAGGGAAUAAUUCAGGUUUCCAGAUCAAUCGGUGACGUCUACUUGAAGAAACCUGAGUUUUACAGAGACCCAAUUUUUCAGCAAUUUGGAAACCCUAUUCCUCUGAAACGACCUGCAAUGACAGCUGAACCCUCAGUUCUUAGUAGAAAGCUUAGGCCACAAGACUUAUUUCUGAUAUUUGCAUCAGAUGGCCUUUGGGAGCAGUUAAGUGAUGAAGCAGCAGUGGAGAUUGUUUUCAAAAACCCAAGAAAUGGAAUUGCUAAGAGAUUGGUUAGAGCUGCCCUUCACGAAGCUGCAAAGAAAAGAGAGAUGAGAUACGAUGACAUAAAGAAUAUUGAAAAGGGAAUAAGGCGUCAUUUUCAUGACGAUAUCACUGUGGUUGUAAUUUAUCUCGAUCAUCACAAAAACUCGUUAGGUGGUGGCAGAUUUAAGCCCAAUGCUAUCGGCUGCAUUAGUGCACCUGUUGACAUCUAUUCCCUAAAUGCGGAUGAAGCAGAAGAGGAUCUAUUUAAUCCGGUUUCCUGAAUAAAUAAGUAAACUUGUCAAGGUUUGAAGUGCUAACAUUUAGAAUAAGUUUAUUGAUAGUAUUUGAAAGUAUACAUGGAAGGUAUACAGAUGGUGGACAGUUUGUGUAGAUAUUGUCACUGUUGAUUGGUAGAUGAAGACGAUGCACAGAUGGAGAAACAAGCUGCAAUAGAUUUUUCCAAGUGAAGAUCUAACCCCCCAUUGCCCCUUGUUUAGUUGUUUUAUUUGUUUAAUUAUUGAUUUUGUCUUGUUCAAAAUUGAGAAUAUUGAAUUCCAGAAAUCUUACAAUCAAGUUUUGUAAUCU